GAAUAGACUCCACAGCACCAUCUUCACCCUUCAGUUCCUAAACAAAACUUUACCAACUCACACUCCAAUCAGCAACUUUUCCUCCAGCGCUCUCCAUCGAAAAAUCCUGUCGCCAGCCAGAUCCGCUGGGAAAACAAAAGCAGAAAUGUCCCCUCCAUCCGAACGGUUGCAAACCAAACCCGUGAUAACGUGUCUGAAGACAUUUCUCAUCUCUUACAGUCUGAUUUUCUGGUUCACAGGAGUGAUACUGUUGGCUGUUGGAGUAUGGGGAAAGGUUAAUUUGGAGUUUGACCUCCUUCUGAGUUCAGACAAGGGCACUAAUGCACCAUAUGUCCUUAUUGGGACUGGAGCCAUCAUCAUCAUCUUCGGGUUGUUCGGUUGCUUCGCGACCUGCCGUGGAAGUCCAUGGAUGCUAAAGCUGUAUGCUAUGUUCCUGAUUCUUGUGUUCUUAGCUGAACUAGUGGCAGGUAUAUCCGGCUUUAUUUUCAGACAUGAGAUUAAAGCAGUGCUUCAAGAGGGCUAUAAAAAAGCUGAAUCAGCCUACACUGGUAAAGACACUGAAGAUCUGGACAGAAUUCAGAGAACACUGCAUUGCUGUGGAGAGAAGAACUACACCAGCUGGGAAGACACUCCUUACUUCAAAGCAGGAAACGGCAUCCCCAAAAGCUGCUGUAACGUGACUGCUGGUGUAAACUGCACUUCUGCAGAACUUAAGGAUCUUAAAACGGCUGCAUCAGUGGUAUAUCAACAGGGAUGCUUCUCUCUGAUGACUACAACCAUGGAGUCCAAUCUUGGAAUUAUUGCUGGAAUUUCUUUUGGAAUUGCAUUCUUCCAGCUGAUUGGGAUAUUCUUGGCAUGCUGCCUGUCUCGCUAUAUCACCAACAACCAAUAUGAGAUGGUGUAAUGUUUCUCCGCCACAGGGUAUCAUCUGAAGAUCACAGAGGGCUGAACCUGACACAAAGGGAAACCAUUUAGUUUCAGUGUUUUGUAUGUGUGCCUUAGCUAAACAUUUCAUUUUAGAGGAUUUCUGACUGCUUUUUAAAGAAUAUUUCUUGUUGGUAAUUACAUUGAAGGGAAAGAACACAUUCCAAAGGAAUAAGAUUGUUUUGCAUAUGUUUUUGCCAGAGUGUAAAUAUAACAGCGAUUAGAUAUAUAGAAGUUUGUAGAAAGUGCAUUCGUUUUAGCCAGUAAAUGGUGUACUGUACACCUUGACUUUGUUUCAUUGGAACUAACACGUGCUAAAACUUUGCAUCUAGUAAAAACUUUAGUAAAAUUUCUUGCAUGCAACCUUAAAGUUCAAUAUUUUCCAAAAAGAAUUUUUCCUGACAGUAAUUUUGGGACAUUAAGGUGCUAUCCUCUCAACAUGUUACAUAUGGAGUUUGCUUAUCGCCACCAGUUCAUUUUCAAGAGCUAGUUUUAAUACAUGUCCAUUUCUGUUUGGAUUGCUUCUUUGAAAAUUAUGUGGCUAUUUUCAAUUUCUCUUCAGUCUUUAUUAAUGUAGCAGUGAUAGUGUUAAUUAUAAGGUUAUUGAAUGUCAUGGCUGUGAUGUGCUGAACAGAAAAUGUGUAUUGUCUCUUUAAAUUUAUCUAUAAAAUGUGAAAUCUGUUGUCGCCCAGGUUGAGCAGGUAACAAUAUUUAACAUGUACAUACAAAGCUACAAAUAUGAACAUUAUCCAAGCUAGGGUUGAAAAGUAUUUAAGACAGUCUUGCAUCUAAGGAAAAUAAGGUGAUGUAUAAACCAGAUUACUUUUGAAACUA